AUGGCUCUCCCAACUAGUACCGAGACACUUGCCAGUACUAUCAGUAUGCAAGCACCACAAUCAUCUCAAGCGGCGAGUGCCGAGAAAGCCAAAAUCAAGAUGCCAAUUCCCAGGCUGCCGGUUUUUGAGGAUAAGAUGAAGGAGCGAGAGUAUUUAAAGGGCCGCCUAGCAGCAGCAUUCAGAAUCUUUGGCGAUAAAGGAUACGACGAGGGUGCCGCCGGACACAUUACCUUGCGCGAUCCUGUAGACCCGACAACAUUCUGGGUGAAUCCCUUCGGCACAGCGUUCAAGUUGAUGACGGUAUCAGACUUAAUCCAGGUCGACCACGAAGGCAAUGUUAUUGCAGGUGGACCAAAUCGGAUGCUGAAUGCGGCUGCAUUCAUGAUCCACUCUGCUAUCCAUGCAGCGCGGCCAGAGGUCAACUGCGCUGCGCACAGUCACAGUCUCUAUGGACGGGCAUUUUGUACACUGGGCCGACCGCUGGAUAUCACCUCACAAGACGCCUGUGCUUUCCACAAUGACCUGGGUCUCUAUUCCUCAUUCAAAGGCGUCGUGCUAGCAGAGGAAGAGGGCCAGAACAUUGCCCAAGCUCUAGGCAACAAAAAGGCAGUCCUGCUACAAAAUCACGGCCUUUUGACAGUCGGCAACACAAUUGAAGAAACCGUGUUCUGGUUCGUGAGCCUGGAAAAAUGUUGCUACACUCAACUCCUAGCGGACGCAGCAGCUGGCGGACGAGGCGGUCAAACAGUGAAAAUCGACGAAGCCGAUGCUGCCUUCACUUAUAAAACAGUGGGAACCCCGUUGGCUGGAUGGUUCAGUGGGAAACCCCUGUUUGAUGUGAUCCACGCAGAAACUAAGGGGGAAUACUUGGAAUGA